UUUCCAGGAGGCACUUCUGAACUCUACGUGGGGAAUGUUGGACAACAAGACCAAGACGGACCUGGAGAGUCAACUGAACUGCUGUGGCCUGCUCAACGGGACCAGCAGCCGGGCCCAGUUUGAACUGGACGUGCAGAACUGCCCAGCUUUUUGCAAAAAGGACGGUUUCUGUUUCUCCUGUGGGGACAAGAUGCUGAACCAUGCAACCGAGGCUCUGAAGAUCCUCGGGGGCGUCGGGCUCUUCUUCAGCUUCACGGAGAUCCUCGGCGUGUGGCUCGCCGUGCGCUACAGGAACCAGAAGGACCCACGAGCCAACCCCAGUGCUUUCCUAUAGUCCGCCCCUCGUCCGCAGUGCCGUGCCAUAGAUGCAGUUUUCAGACACACUGGCACAAACACACACACACACACACACACACACACACACACACACACACACACACACACACACACACACACACAGAGUAGUGCACAUCUAGAGGCAGACACUCAGGCAUAUGAUACAGGGCCACACCAACCACGACAACACACAACGAACGAGUGCACGCAGCACCUGACAAACACCGAGGAACACAACACAACACAACACUCUCACCUGAGAUCCAGAAACCACAACAACCCGUCACUUUGAUUUUCUUUUUGCCGGAGCCGAGGCUGCGACCUCUGGAAACUUGUGUAUGAAAGGACGAGUUGUGUUACCAGGUCCUCGUUGUUGGCAUCACGACGCAGCCUUGACUCGAGUUCCAGAUUCCCUGCUCGGUUUCCUCAUGCAUGUGUCGUGCUCCUGCAGCGGCCUCUUCAUUCCACACACAAACCAAGUGGCUGUGCAUCAGAUCCACUCUUAUGCACCUUGAGUCCUUCCUCUAGCGUAGUGCCACCACCUCACACCACCUACACCCCUCUGGUCAGUGACGUGUGAGUCUGUAAAUGUUCAGUGGGAUGAGUCAUUUGAAUGAAAGACGACAAACUGGAUGUGUAGAGUAGUUGUUGUUUUUUUGUGUGUGUUUAUUGUUUUUUUUCCCGAUGCCACAAAUGCCGAGUUGGAACAGGUGUAGGGCGUGAGGGUAGAUUUUAGGUGACGUAGUUGCUUGUCAUUCUGGUUCUCGUAUUUAUGAACUGUAACUGAGCCAAACUAACUUUUAACAGUCGGAGACGUUAGGAUGCCGCCGGACUGCAGCCGUGUUGUUGUACAUACUCUUUAAAUACUGUAGUUCUCAGAGCUCCUCCUCCUCCUCCUCCUCCUCCUCCUCCUCCUCCUCCUCCUCCUCCGCCCCUCUAGUGGUGAGGUUUGCCUGCCUAGUUGACGAUAUUUCACCCUCCCUGUAUUUAAUACGUUCCUUUGUGUCGCACAUUGAUGUUGCUUAGAAUAGAUUCUGCUGGUUUAGACAAAGUGGAUUCAGGUACUUGUCGUUUCCUCCUGUGCAGCUGGAAGAAAUCUCACAAAUGUAAAAAAAAAAAAAGAAAAUGGAAAGAGUAUGUGCUGUUUGAUUUGAAGUAUUUGGGUGAAUUUGGCCAAAUCUGCUUUGAAAAACCCAGUUUUGUUUUUAUGGUGUUAAUUGUGAAAAUGCUUCUUUUUUUCAAUAUUUGAAACGAUUCUACUUUUGGUGGAUUUAUUUUCGCCGGCGUGAUUAACGAGUUCUCCAUCGGCUCCUUUGUGUUCAUCAGUGUUAAAUGCUUUGUAAAGACGUGUUCGAGAUCUAUUUAAAUUUAGUUUGAUCAUUAGGUUAAAGUUGUGUUGCGGUUUGGAUGAAAUCAUUUUUAAUGCCUCGCUUGAUGUUUCUCAUUCGUUCUCUGUGUGAUGUUUGUUUUUUCUCUUUUUGAAUCUGCUUUUAACUUAAAGGACUAACACCGACUGUAAUUCCAUGUCUUACUUGAACCUGUCGACUUCGCUGAAUGGAUUUUUUCCUGCUGCUGGUUUGGAUUCGUCGUUGGUGUAAACGAGCAUUUGGACAGAUCUUAAACAUUGUGCGUUAUAUUUCACUUUGUGUGCACUUGUUAUUCAAACUUAUCCCUGGAUUUUUUGAGACUUCAUUUUCCAAAUAAUAAAACCUCAAAUUGGGAACCGUU